CAAACCAUCCUCUUUCUUCAUUUGCUUCUUUAAUCAGUAGUUUUUGUAACAAAAAUGGUAAAACGAAGAGUUUCAGAUUCAAUAGGAGUAGUCCAAGGUCGAUAUCGUCAAGAAUUAUUUAUAUGUCAAUUUUCAGAUAUGGUCAAUUCCAAAGGAUGUUUAUGGUCUGGAGGUGACCCUUUCGCUUUCAGUUUACCACUGGUGUUGGCACAAUUGAUUUUCAUUUUCUUCGUCACCAGAAUUACUUUUUUCCUCAUCAGACCUCUUAAACAAAGUAUGGUCAGUGCACAACUUAUUGCUGGUGUUUUCAUGGGGCAAUCAGGCUUAUGUCGUAACAGAGCGUUUGCGGCCUUAAUGUUUCCACCAAGAGGAAGAAUGGUACUACAAACAGUUGCAGAUCUUGCUUUCAUGUUUCAUCUUUUUGUUCUUGGAAUUCAUGUAGAUCCAACAAUGGUGAAAAGAGCGGGGAGAAAUGCGAUGCUAAUUGGUGCAUCCAGUUUCGCGUUGCCUUUUGUACUUGGAUGUCUAGCCAGUUAUACAUUACCUCAUUUGGCUGUAGUAGAUGAAGCAACAGCUCAUUUGCUGCCUUAUGUAGCCGUACUUAACUCAGCGUCUUUCUUUCCUGUGAUCACAAGCCUUCUUGGCGAUCUUAAGAUUCUAAACUCAGAAAUUGGUCGAAUAGCUACAUUGGCUUCUAUGGUUACUGAUAUUUGUAUAUAUGUCAUUUUCAUAAUUGGGACUACAGUAAAUUCAUCAGCAAGUUGUUCAAAGUGGAAUGGAGCAUUGUGCAUUGCGUGGAUAGGCACUUUCUUGAUAGUAGUUGUGUUUGCAGUAAGGCCAUUUGUGCAACAAAUUGCUAGGACUAUACCUGAAAAAGGGUCUAUGAAAGAAAGCCAAUUUCUAGUUGUAGCUAUGAUAGUUUUGAUCUGUGGCUUUGUCGCGGAGUCUCUUGGACAACCGGCUGCUCUUGGUACUUUUAUUUUGGGCAUGGUGGUACCGGAGGGACCUCCUCUAGGUUCAUCUUUGGUUUACAAAAUCGAUUCUUUAUGUACUGGAUUGUUGCUUCCUGCUAAGUUUGCUAUUAGUGGUUUGGCAAUGGACAUUUUCGCAAUAGGAAAAGGAAAGAGUCUUUUAGGCGUUGAAGCAGUGAUCAUCUUAGGUUAUUUUGGAAAAUUUGCUGGCACUCUUGUUCCAGCAGUUCAUUUUGGUGUUCCUUUUAGAGAUGCACUUUCUCUUGCUCUUAUCAUGUGUUGCAAAGGAAUUAUCGAGGCAUCCCUCUAUAUCGGCCUCAGGGAUAAUGGAAUAAUAACAAAUGAAGCGUAUGCGCUUUUGUUAAUCACAAUGUUGGUGAUAACAGGAGCUUUGAGACCCUUAAUUUGGUACCUCUAUGAUCCAUCAAGAAGGUAUUUAGGCUACAGAACAAAUAGUAUACAGCAUUUGGAUCCGACGAGUGAGCUUCGGAUACAGGUAUGUAUUCACAAUGAAGAUAAUGUCCCAAGUAUUGUUAAUCUUCUAGAAGCCUCCAAUCCAAGUAGAAGGAGACCUAUUUCAGUGUUUGUUCUUAAUCUAAUGGAGCUCAAAGGUAGCGCGGCUGCAUUGCUGGUGCCAACGCAUAAUAGAAGAGGCAAGGCUAAACUCAAGUCUCUGCCAAGCAGAACAGAACAAGUAUCAAACGCGUUCAACAUCUUCGCGCAUAGAAAUCAAGGUUCUGUGGCUGUUCAACACUUCACAUCCAUUGUUCCUUAUGCCACUAUGCAUGAUGACAUAUGUACAAUCGCGAUGGAAAAAGGUGUCAGUAUUGUGAUCGUCCCGUUCCAUAAGCAGUGGGCGAUUGAUGGAACAGUAGGAGCCAAUUUUCCUGCUAUUAGAAUGGUGAACCAACAGGUACUCUAUAAAGCACCUUGCUCGGUUGGACUCCUAGUUGAUCGAGGUCAAUUAGCCGAUAACCAACAAAUCUUGUUUGGCCAUUCUUUUUUUCGCGUUACAAUGCUCUACCUUGGCGGUCCAGAUGAUGAUGAGGCGCUGGCCUAUUGCAGCCGAAUGCUAGAGCAUCCACAUAUCAGCCUAACUCUCGUCUGGCUCAGACAUUCGAGUGACAAUAUCGAUAACAGUGUGGAGUCAGAUACGAUACGUUGGUUCAAGGCUAAUAACAUUGGUGCAGAAAGGGUGAGUUACAAAGAAGAAGUGGUGAAAGAUGCAGUGGGGACGACACAGGUUCUUCGUUCACUCGAGAACAAUUGUGAUCUUUGUAUAGUUGGUAGAGACCAUGAACAAUCUGAGUUAACACUAGGGAUUAAUGAAUGGAUUGAAUGUCCAGAACUAGGAUUUAUUGGAGACAUGUUAGCGACUUCGGAUUAUAGUUUUUCGUUGCUAGUUGUGCAACAAAUACCACCAGGGACUGAGUUUAUGAACAGCCACUCCCUGAAACCUGUAUCUAGCAGUUAUUAUUCUAGUUCAGGGAAAUAUAGUCAUCGUUCUGGUUUUGGCUCUUUUGGGUAGCAGCUGAAGUAGUUUUGCCUCUUUGAUCAAUACCAAAAAAAGGCCAGCUCGGUGCACUAAGCUCCCGCUAUGCGCGGGGUCCAGGGAAGAGCAGGACCACAAGGGUCUAUUGUACGCAGCCGUACCAAAGAAUGGUCAAUACCAAGAAUGUAGAAAAUAGCUUGAAGGAUAGAUAGAAAGAAAAUGGUCUUCUCUGUAUUAUAAAUCUUACAGAAUUGUAUGUAGAAAUUAGGAAGCACAAAGUUCAGUUUCUGCAAUUAGUUAGAAUGCAGGUUUUGUUUUUUGGUUGUUUCAGGU